AUGCAGCACCAGCACCACGGCCAAGACGUGCCACCGCCGAAGAUAUCGACGUGGUGUGACAUACCAUCGACCCUCACGAUGGUCGACCGCCGCCGCGUCUUCGCUGUGGCCGCCGCGACGCUCUGCCUCGUCUUCGCGCACGGCGUGGCCGCGGCGCGGCCGCUGGAGGAGCACCGCUUUGCCGGAGUGGCACCGGCGGCGGCGGCUGCGGAUAUGGUGAUGGACGUGUCCGCGGCGUCGCCGGAUGGAUCUGCCACGUGGGAGCGCGGGGACGAGGCCCUCCGCGCCGGGAAGUGGCUGCCCCUGCCGCUGCCGACCGCUCUGACCGGCGGCCUGCGGUUCCCGGGGGUGUUCCAGUUCCCUGCGGCGACCGUGGGCCCGUCCAUGCCGUGGAUGGCCGGCGCGCCGCCCGCGCUCGCCGGGCCGGGGAUGCCGGCGCUCGUGCCGCCGUACGUCGGCGUGACCCGACAGGAGCAGCUCAGCGUGUGGGCCUCGCUGUUCAACCCGUUCCGUGUCAGGCCGAGGGUGCCGGCCCAGCCGUCGUCGGUGCCGGCGGAGCCCAGGGUCCCCGCCGUCGCUAGCGCAGGGCUCGACAGGACGACGACGGUGGACCAGCCGGCCGCCGGCGCGCAGAUCGGCGAGCCCAAGUGGGGCGUCUUCUUGGGAUCCGCUACUCCAAACAACAACGGAUAG